ACCUCGCACGGAUGCAUUUUUUUGGGGAGGGAUGAAUGCCUGCUGGAAGAGCACUAAACCCACUACUCGCUCUCUGUGAAGCUGCGAGAAGGAAAAGCUCUGGUGUGUGUGUGUGUGUGUGUGUGUGUGUGUGUGUGUGUGUGUAAGUGUGUGCGCGCGUUUUUAAAUGUCAGAAAGCCCACGCACCGCCUCCACUGCUCGCGGGACUCUCCCAGGAUGCUGGACCCUCACACCGGGCACAAAGUGGCAGGCUGCUUGAUUCUGCUCUCCCUCUUCCAUUUCAACUUGUCGGCUGGCAGCUCAACAGGAAAAGGCUCACAGAGCCAUGAUGAUAUGCAUGUCAUCCACAACAAUCAACUGGACCUGCGGGAGAUAGUGUUCGUCAUCCAGAGUCAAAGCAACUCCUUCCAUGUGAGGCAGGCUGAAAGUCGGAGAGCAGACUUACUGAAGCAGGCACACAGUCUCGGCGAGAAACCACCGGUGGUUUUGCUCUCUCACACUCUCUCAAAUCACGAAGGAGACUGGAGCAUCCUUCCUCUGCUGCCCAACUUAUCGUACUCCUUUGGGAAGAACUCUUCGUGGAUUGUAUUCCUCGAGGAGGAAACAAAUGUGAAGCUGACUAAGCUGGUUGAAGUCCUUGCAAAAUUCAACAAGAAAAAUGAGUGGUUUCUUGGUAAGCCCCUCCACGACGAAGAGUCCACCAUCAUUCAUCACUACGCCUUCGCAGAGAAUCCCUCAGUCUUUAAAUAUCCAGACUUUGCUGCCGCUUGGGCCGUAAGCACACCGCUUGUUGUGCGGCUUGCAAACAAAGUGAAAAAUGAGCCGCUUAAAUCUGAUUUCACCAUUGACCUGAAACACGAGGUUGCUUUGUAUAUCUGGGACAAUGGGAACGGCCCCCCCCUCACCGCCGUCCCUGAGCUGUGCACUGAGCCGGAGGACUCCCAGGAGACACGCCACUGUGCCACCACUCUGAGGACCGAGCCAGCUCCGUGUGGGGAGCCUGUUAAUAAAGAAGAUAUAUUUGUGGCUGUCAAAACGUGUAAGAAGUUUCACAAUAAAAGAGUUCCAGUGAUAAAGAAGACUUGGGAAAAGGAGGCCUUCUUUUUAGAGUACUACAGUGACUACGCUGAUGCGUCAAUACCAACCAUUAAUUUAGGAGUCCCAAAUACUGAAAGAGGCCACUGUGGGAAAACCUUUGCAAUCCUCCAACGAUUUCUAAGUGGAGCCGUCCCAGAGACCAAGUGGCUCCUUGUCGUGGAUGAUGACACACUUAUCAGCCUCUCCCGACUCCAAGGCUUGCUGAGCUGUUACAACCCCUCUGAACCAGUGUGUCUAGGGGAGAGGUACGGCUAUGGCCUGAGCCAAGGCGGCUACAGCUACAUCACGGGAGGUGGAGGAAUGGUGUUCAGCAGGGAGGCCGUGGUGCGACUUCUCGACAGCGGAUGCAAGUGCUACAGCAACGACGCGCCGGAUGACAUGGUGCUGGGAAUGUGCCUCAAUGCCCUCGAACUUCCUGUCACACACAGCCCCCUCUUCCACCAGGCACGCCCAGAGGACUAUGCCAGAGACUUCUUGGCACAUCAGGUGCCCAUCUCCUUCCAUAAACACUGGAACAUCGACCCCAUCGCUGUUUACAACAAAUGGCUUAAGGAGGACUUGGGGGGGAAAGCUUCGGAUGGACUUAAUGAGAACGCUAAAACAGAGUUAUAAUCCGCACACACAGCGCACCCGUAAGAGUGUGUCUGUAUGAAGAGUCUGUGCGUGUGUGUGUCUGCGUUUAUUCUAGAGUCAUGGAACUGAAACCAUAUCCUUCACAGAUAUACGUGUUUUUGUAUUGAUUGAUGUUGAACUGUUUUUAAGAGAGACCGUGACUUAAUUGGUGAGUGUCUUCAUGGCUGAGAUGCAUGUCGGUUGGAUGUUAUUUUGGAAUUAUAAAUAUAAUAUGUGUAUAUUUAUAUCAUAUGAAUAAUUUGAAUCUUACAAAGGAGAAUCUUCUUCUCUGGGAAAUACCGUAUCUUAAAAAAGAAGGGUCUAAUGCUGUACAAUGUGCUCUAUUUUAGCAUAAAGGUAUUGCAGUUGAGACUGAAUUGUUUUGUUAUGCUUUCCUAUUUCAUUUGGAGGCUUAUUACAGGAUUUAGUUUAAAUCAACAAAUUAAAAGGUUCAUUGAGGCCACAACUGAGAUGGUGAAAGCCAGACUGAUUUAGAGCAGCUUAAAGGCAUUAAAGCUUUCUGAAGGAUGCUGAAGGUUUGUGAUUAUUCCCAACAUGUGGCCUUUAAGUGGGUCCCACUGCUGCUGCGGCAGAUAAACGUCUUAUGUUUACCUUCAACACUCCAACACACUCAUUACAUUUUUGACCUCAGACCAUCUGUUUCUCGUGGCUCUCUCUGGCAGUUAUUGGAAUUAAAAAGGAGCAUCAUUUCCAUGACAUAAUUGCUUGCAAAACUUCCUAAAUUACCACUUUUUUAGUUUUUCACAUUUUUUUCAACUGUCUCAAAUAAUCAUUUGGCAGAACCAAAGAGUUGCUAAACAUUUAUGAAGGUCUUUGAAAGAGCUUAGGCCGAUAUUGAUCCCCGGCAGGAUAGUGGGUCACUUUACAGUUGGUCCAUGUUCCCUGGAUAAAUGCCAUAAUUACACUAAUGAAAAUUUGAAACGUUAAUGUUAAAACGUAUUACUGUUAGUUUGUGAAAUACAGAAGCAGAUUCUCUGUGAUACAGAAGAUGUGUCUCUACCUAUUAACCCUCAGUAGCGUGGUGCUAAAUUUAUACUUAAUAGCACAGCAGACCGGCUCAAGUUCGUGAAAAAUUCAUUCGGUUUUGUGCGUUUGAAGCUUUGCAAUAGGUCAAUUAGACAUCUCCUCGCACUUGUGAAUUGUAACCUAUUUGCAGGAAACAAGUUUUAAGUCGUAGUGGGGCUCACCUGCAGUGAAGGGGAGUGGCAAAUGACAGCCCUUUGCACUGAGGGAAAUCCUCUGCGUACUUUGAAGCAGUUUUAAGUAGACUUUGUCUAGUGUUGAAUUUUAGGCCUUAAUUCUUUGUCAGAAACUAGAACAGUAAGAUGAGUCCUGCAUUAAAUAUACAUUGGAUUUUUUUCCAGCUUGAUUAUAUUUCCUUACCUACAAGUAUAAUUGCUGUUGAUGCAGGCCCUCUCCACACUGCCAUGGGAAAUUCUAGAGCUUUUUCCUUUUGUUGGCGUAAUUAUCUAUUCUUACAGAAGAGAAAACGUAGUGCUUCACAGAAACAAAGACAGAACUUGGUGUCCUCGGGAGUAAAGAGCAGCACAGUCUACCGAUGAAUUAAAACAUCAGCCAUGCAGCUAGGAAUGUGGCUUUGAUGAUGAUUUUUUUUUUUACUGCAGGGUUUGUAAUGUGCUUAAAGAAACAGCACAGUUGAUUGCAUUACCUAAUUAAUAUGUGCCACAAUAUUGAUCUGUGAACCGUUUCUUGUAAAUAGGUUUUUAGCUCUUUGGUAUCAAAUGAAAUGAAUCCAACGGAAAGCUCACUGUGUAUACAUGUAUGCCUUUUGUUUUUUUGUAUUAUAACUAAAGCUUUGGGGUUCACAUG